AUGGCUCCACCAAAGAAAACCGUUAAGAUGGAUUUGAACUCCUUCUUGAAUGAUGACACUUUCACAUCAUCCUGGAGUGAAGAUGAUGUUGAUUUAAACAACAUCAGAAUUCCAAUUGAAAACACCUCAGCUAACACCAUUCCUCUAGAGGAACUAAUGGCUGAAAGAAAAGCCGCUAAUGCUGGUGGUAACUCUUUCAACCAAGGUGGUAGAACCGGUGGUCAUUUGGAUCCUGCCUUAGGUGGUAGUGGUAAUGGUAUGAGAAGAGCUCAUGAAGAAUAUCCAGUUCCAAACGAACCUCCUUACAGAGCCAUUAUUAAUAACAUUCCAUGGGAUAUUAGCCCAGAAGGUGUCAAAGCUUGGGUUGAAGAUGGUUUAGCCAAACCAGACUCUGUUGAAGACGUCGAUUUACCUGUGAAUGUAUCUGAUCCAACCCGUUUAAAGGGUCUUGCAUUCAUCACCUUGAAAGAACGUGAAGAUUUAGUUCAAGCUUUAACUUUCAAUGCCACUAAAUUGAAUGAUAGAACUGUCUACGUUUCUGUUGCUGCCCCAAGAAGAGGUGGUUUCAGAUCUGGUGGUGGUGACUUUGACUGGGGUGCCGCUAGAGGUUCUAACUAUGAGGCCUCUGGUCCUGGCAGAGAAGAACCAAACUUGGAUUGGGGUGCCGCAAGAGGUUCUAACUUCCAAUCCUCCAGACCACCAAGAGAAAGAAGAGAAGAACCAAACUUGGAUUGGGACUCCGCUAGAGGAUCUAACUUCCAAAACUCUAGACCUCCAAGAGAACCAAGAGAACCAAGAGAUGAACCUGAACUAAACUGGGAUUCCGCUAGAGGAUCUCAUUUCAAAUCUCAUGGUCCACCAAGAGAGCCAAGAGAAGAAGCCAACUUGAACUGGGAUGCUGCCAGAGGGUCCAACUUUAAGGCUCAGAGAGAACCAAGAGAACCAAGAGAACCAAGAGAAGAACCAAAUCUAGAUUGGAAUGCCGCUAGAGGUUCAAACUUCAAGGCUCCAAGAGUUCAAAGAGAAAGAACUAACGAACCUGAAUUAGACUGGGGUGCUGCCAGAGGUUCCAAAUUCCAAGACAUAAAUAACAAAACCAACAACAACAGAAGAAGAAACCAAACUCAAGAAGAGAAACCUGUUGAAGAGAAGAACAAGAUCCAAAAAUCUACAUACGAUGUUCUAAGAGAUGAUGAUAAAGAUGAUGAAGAGGAAGAACAAAAGGCGCAACCAACUGAACAAACCACCACUAACGAUGUUAAUGAAACUGCUCAAAAUGUUGCUGACCUAUCUGUUGAAGAUAACAACAAUGAUGAAUGGGAAGUCGUUGGUAAGAAAUAA